AUGACGCGCGCUCACUCCACCCCGGGGCUGGACUCACGGGGCAGGUAUAUCUUCGUUCAUGGUCGCGAGGCACCAACAAGCUCACCUGAGAAUGCCGCGAAACGCCAUCUACCAUUUCAGGUCCCAAUGGGGGACAGCCUAGAGACUAGAAUGAUACCCUUGAACAUCUCUGAGCCCAUUCUGGAGUAUGCUGAGCUGGACACCACGAUGCCAUCUUCCUCUUCAACUCAGGGAGAACCUCGCACGGCCUCGCCUGUGCUAUCCAACACUUUUCCCCGAAUGACCCGCCGACGACCGUCGUCCCCUCUCCAUUUCAACCCGAUGAAUUCCACUGGUCAGUCGGCCAGCAGCCCUUCUUCCGCACACUCGUCUCCCAUAAUUCUCAACUCAAGAUUCAAUGAGUCCUUUCCCGGUUAUUCGACAUCUUCCGCUUCAUCAAUGCCCUCGACACCAACAAGCCUUCGCUCACGGAGUCCGAGUAUUUCAUCUUUAGAGACUAUCCCUGACAUUCCUGAUGCCGAAGCCGCGGCUAUUGAAGCUGAUCGGAUCGCUGCCUUGAAAGCUGCAGCUGAUAGAGCAGAUGAAGCGGACGUUGCAACGAAUGGAAAUCGUCGACGAGGGGCAUCAGACGCGUCAGGUCCUUCAAGUUCCCUGAUGAACAUGCGAACCGUAUCAGGGGGCUACGGUCUCAGGACUGAUAAACGGAAACGGUGGAGCGUCUGUGGGGCCGAACGUCGUCAAGAUCUCGACUUGGAGACGAUCUGGGAAGAUUGA